UCAUCGGAAGGGAACAAAGUUGAAUUGUUAACGGUGACAUCCUGUAAAGGACUCACAAUGGAAAGAGAAAAAAAACUGCCAGAUUUAUUUCCUGAUGAUACUAAGCCAAGAUGUCAUAUUUUCGAAAAUAAGAAGUUAAUGUUGUUCAGAGAAGACUCAUGCCUUGAAACACAUCGUCAUUUGUACCCCAGGCUCCGAAAAAAGUUUGAAGUUUUUCUGCACACUCAGAAGCCAUCGAGUAUAUUUGGGGGUGGUUCAGCUUAAAAUUCUUCACAUUCAUCAUUAUCAUCGUUGUUUUCAUUAUUUUGUAUCAUCUGCUUUAAUUUCAGCUACAAUAUCCUUGGGAGUAGGUAACUAGGAAGUGAUAUUAUUGGCAUCAGCAGACACAUAAUUUUAAAAUUCUUCUUUAUUUGUUUCUAAAUUUUCAGUGACCUCUACUUCCUUUUCUUUCUCAGUGAUUUGCCCCUCUUGUGAAAUGUCCAGUCCAGCCUUACAGAAGCGAGUGGUAAUGCAAAUUGACGUAAUGUUUUCCAAUGCAUCAUUCAUUAAAAAUGUAUUACUUCGAGUACAACCAUUUAAAGUUGUUCCUAUUUUUUGUCUCCUGUCAAAAAGCAUCAAAACAAAUGCUUAUGAAAAUUUGAUUUAAAACUUCUGAUGAUCUCUUGGACCAUAGGCUGUAUAAUGCUUGUAGAAUUCAAUGGUACAAAUUCAAUCCUGAUCAUUCUGCAAGACAAAAAAGGCUGCCAUCACAUGUUCGCAAGAUUUAUGACUCAUCACUAACUUUCGGUUAAAUCAGAAUGUUAAAGAAAUUUUUCCAAGAAAGGAUUAGCGGAGCUGGAAAGGUGGAAGUCAAUAGAUAUUUUAUGAGUCACAUAAAUAUUGCUCGCUAUAACCAGGGUUUGAUCAUUAAAAUCAAGUUAUGCCUCCAUAGACUUAACGUUGAACCAACCAAGUAUUUUUUAUUUAUAAAUUCGGGUUCUUGUUAUUAUCUAUAUCUUUAAAUAUUUCAUUUAGUUUUUUAAUUUUCUCUGAUUAAUCUGACAGAUUUCAAAAUAUUGUCAUUCUUAAAUUUCUUUACUUUUAAUUUUCAUUUUUAAACUUGCUAAUUCCAAACAAUGUUCAUAAAAUCUCAGUUCUAUCAGAUAUUUUUACAGAAUUUGAUCUGCUAUCUUCCACUUAAAUUGUUUAAACAUGAAUUUAAAACUUAAAGUGCUUCUAUAUAAUUAAAAUUUUGGAUUAAUUUUUACUGUCAAAAAAUCAAUUGAUGAUGAUAUUUUGAAAUUAUUUUAGAUUGAUUGAAAAAUUCGCUAUUUUUUCUGUAUGUAAUUUUGUUUAAAGAAGAAUCUAAACAUGUUAAAGAGAAAUGAAGUGGGAAAAGAGAACUGUGAGACUCAGUAACUUUCAGUAAGAGAUAGUACUAUGGUUAUAAAAAGAAGCUAAAAGAAAAAAAAUAGUAGUAAGGUUAUAUUCAUUAGCAGCAGGGUCCAUCCUGGAGAAACUCCUUCUAGUUUUGUGUUUAAUGGAAUGCUUCAUUAUUUAAUAGGUUCUAAGGACAGCAUUGCUAAUCGCCUCAGGAAUCUUUUUGUGUUCAAAUUAAUACCCAUGUUAAAUCCUGAUGGUGUUUUACGUGGACAUUAUAGAGCUGAUAUACAGGGUUUGAAUCUCAAUCGUAUUUAUAUGAUAGCUAACUUUCAGCAACAUCCAUCUAUAUAUGCUGCACGAACUCUUCUUCUUCAUUAUCACACAAGUUACUCGACGCCCAGUGGUUCAACUGACAUAAGAAAGAAUUAUGUAAAGAAAUCUAGAAGUAGUCAAGUAAAUACGAACUUUAGACGAAUCGAAAGAAAUCCGCCCUCUUUUACUUCUAAAAGAUUGCCCAAAGAUUUAUUGAACCAGGCUAAAACGUCUUUGCGGAAGCACCCUUUGCAUGCUUGUGAUACUUUAACUAGGAACCUAAACUUCUUUUCAUCAGUUCCUGUUAUGCUACCUUUAGUGACUAAAAGCCAAAGUACUGUAUGGGGUCCAAGUGGCCUUGGAGUUGAUGGAAAUUCACCUAAAAAGUCAAAAAAGCUUUCUACUUUAAGAGUGACAAAAGCAGCCAGCCUUAGUGUUUCUAUGGAAGACAUGAAAGAAGGUGAGAGUUCUUUGGAUCCAUGCAGUGAAUGCAAGCUGCCUGAUUAUCCAUCCAAAAAGAUAAAUCUUGAAAGUGACUCAUCGUGCAAUUGUAUUGAAGCAAGCGAUGCUGAUGAUUCAUCUUCCUUUGAUUGUGAAAUGCGAUUAGGAGAAGGAGAUGCUUCUAAGUUAUUGAAAGAUGUUCCAUGUUUGAAACCUGAGGAGAGUGGAAUAGCAUAUUAUUUCGAUUUGCAUGGACAUGCCUCUAAAAGAGGUUGCUUUAUCUAUGGAAACUAUUUUCCUGAUGUUGAUAAAAUGGUUGAGUGUAUGUUUCUGCCAAAACUUAUGUCCAUCAAUUGUCCUUAUUUUGAUUUCUCUGCGUGUAAUUUUUCUGCCGAGAAUAUGUAUUCUGGGUCCAAUUCAAACAUUCAGAGCAAAGAAGGAAGUGGACGUGUUUCUUUAUAUGUACUCACUGGAAUUAUUCAUAGUUAUACUUUAGAAUGCAAUUACAAUACAUGUCGUUAUAAUGCUAAUCAAAAAAGACCUAAGCGAUCAAAUGACGUGCCUUCUCAAGUUUUCUUCACUCCUGAAAUUUAUCACCAGAUAGGGGAAUCAUUAUUGGUUUCAAUUUUGGAUGCGUCUGGCCAUAAUCCUAAAUCUCAGAUAAGCAAUUCUCCUUUCCUAUCAGUCCAAGGGGUAAAAGAAUGGUUAAGACAGCAUGCUCAGUCUCUUAGAGGAAGGUGUACUUCUGGUUAUGUAAGAAAAUAUGUACCUCUGACAAGAGCCAGAUCCCAAGAAAAAGUUUCUACGAGAUCAUUGGCUAUUGGAAAAUCACCACCUCUAUCUGCUUCUUCUAAAAAAGCAUUGCAAAGAGAGUCCUCUUCAAGCACUGCUAAUCUGUCAUCAAAUGCUUCCGAUACUGAAGGCAAAAUUGCUGUUGCUGGAAGGGUUACUCGGUCUAGAACAAUUCGAGGAACUGCUUCUUUGUUGUCUUCUCCUGUCUCACGACGGCCAACGACCCUUCAGAGAAGACACACCUUUGCCCAAGAUCUUACCCACAAGUCAUUUCGAAAACCCAUUACCCCAAAAGCAAGCCCAUCAACCUGAUGUCAGUAGUUGCUUAUGUUAGUCACUCUCUUGAAAUGUAAUGUACAGUGACCUACACUCUUUGUUAUUCUGUUUUAUGUGUAGAUUACUUUCAUGCAUUCCAUUCAGAUCUUGUACAUUUUAAUAAUGGCAUGUUUGAUUCAUAAAGAUGUUUAAUAAAUUGAAAAUGUUAUGCAUUUAAGUACCCAGAAUGUAGUUAAAAUUUUAUCACAAGAAAUGACUCUAAAUUUAUGUAUGUAAAAGCAAAUAUUAAUAACGAAAGAGUUAAGAAUUGAAAGAACGAAUUUCAUUUUUCAUUUGUAUAUUUUUGUAAUUAAAGAUGGAUUUAGUCAAGUGUUAAUACUUUUUUACUGAACUAAUAUCAGUUGUUAAAUAAAAAAUUUUAUUGUGAAAUAAAACAAGAAAUAAUCUA